CCAAGGUUCUCCUGAGCUAACCUCUCCAGUAAGUCUAGAUUGCAGCACGGCUGCCUCCAAAGGCAUUGCAUCUUCAUACAGUCUUUCAACAAAGAGCCUUCAAAAACUCUCUAGUCAUGAGUUCCAAACCAAAGCUGAGAAAGGAGUGAGUGAGGUCAUCUCUAGAUCAUUUAACAUUGUGGAGGAAGGCACAACAGAUAAGUACCUCCAGCCUGUAUCUACAACCACCACAUCUACUGAUAUUAUACAAACCAUGGUGAAAGACCAGCAGGAGCUCACCCAGACCACCCAAUCAUCUGACAUGGUAUCUGGAACAUCCCUGCUCACCACUGGACAGGUUUCUGAGAAAAGGAUCUGGUCUGCUGCUUGUAACAUCUACUACAGUCUGCAAAGUAAGAUUACGGAGUUUCUCAGAAAAGAUCUUCAAAGAUCAGACACAACACUUGGUUCAAUCCAAAUCUCUACCUAUCAAAGCAGUCCUGCAUCACAAAGAGCAAGUAUCGGCCAUCUUGAGGUCAACCAGAGCAGUGUUACACCUGGUGGAAACGAUGACUGUGUGGACAUUCCGCACAAAUUACUAUCUAAAACCACUGAGCUCUCAGGAUCCAUGCUGGAGGAUAUUGGCACGAUCCGUUGUAGGAGUGCUGACAGCCAAAAUACAAGAAAUACCUCUUCUUCACGCUCCUCCAUCUCUCUAACACCUACUUCAAAAUUAAGGCAGUCGAAAUGGCACUUUGCCUUACCCGGGACUCCCAUCCCCACUGAGUUUCCUGCUCAGAUUGACUUUCCCAUUGUUAGAAACACAAUCAUUGAGGACUUCUUUCACACAGAGGACUUACUUCCUGUAACCUUUGUGGACAAAGUCAGGCAAGCUGCUGGGGUGGUAGUGGACAUUAUGGUGGAAAGUGUUGAGAACACACAGGAAGAUGGACAGGGUGCUUCUCAUCUUGACGACCUCCGAUCUGCUGUUAGGAAAUUGAGAAAAAUUAUUUCCACUUGGACCAUCCACAUUUUCAGUCAUGAAUUGGUGGAUAAAGUGAUAGCCCUUCAGGACAGCCACAGCACUCCACAGGUCUUAACAUUGGAUGCAGCCAAAAGUGCUUCAGACUCCAUUCUUUCAAGGCUGAAAUGGGGAAAGGAACAAUGUGCCAUAUCCAAGGAGCUCUCCUCUCAGCUUCUCCAGAUAUUUGCUGAAGAGACAGUGAAGGGCUUCCUGAGACAGUGGUCAGAUGAGUAUGAAAACAUAAACUUUGAUGUUUCAGUCCAGAACGAUCCAAAGACUUCUACUUGCAUGGUCAUUCUUCAAAUGAUCACCAAAGCCACUGCUAAAUGUUAUUUUGAGUCCACUACCAGUGUGGCCACCAGUGACAUUGUAGAAGGCAUGUUUGAUUUGGAAAGGGAUACCAUCAGCAGUACUGGAGAGCAGGUCCUCACCUUUAACACAAAGGGUUCCAAGAAAGUUAGUAAGAACCUCUGUUCUCAAGAGUCUAUGGAGUACCAGCCUCAGAACAUUUCCCCUACUGUGUACUUUACAGAGACGAUGACAACAUCUCAUGGCUCCUUUUCUCCAGAGGGAAUUUAUGAUAUCGCAUCGUCCUUCCCACUUGAAGAGAAGAGUCGCAAACCCUCCCUUCUCACCAGAUUGUCAAGAACCAUCACGAAAGGCUUUGCCAACCCAUUCAAAUCUUCAAGGAAAACCAAAUUAUUUAAAUAAAUUCCUCAUUAUAACAACGA